UGACGUCACACGCAUGGUGAUUACAGUGAGCAGUUGUUUUGACACGGAGCGAGUCGGUGUGUUGAAACAAAACAUUAAAUAUUUUGAAAAAGAGCAGAAAUAUAUAUAUAUAUAUAUAUAUUUAUAUAUAUAUAUACAUUUUUUGAUUUUCUCAGACUGUAGUGAUGCCAUCCGACAGACCCUUUAAACAACGACGGACAUUCGCUGAUCGCUGCAAGGAAGUGCAGCAGAUACGAGAGCAGCAUCCUAAUAAAAUUCCGGUUAUCAUUGAACGGUAUAAGGGAGAAAAACAGCUUCCUGUUUUGGACAAGACCAAGUUUCUAGUGCCUGAUCAUGUCAACAUGAGUGAACUGGUGAAGAUUAUCAGACGUCGACUGCAGCUGAACCCCACUCAGGCCUUCUUCCUCUUGAUCAACCAGCACAGCAUGGUCAGUGUGUCCACCCCGAUCUCUGAGAUUUAUGAGCAGGAGCGUGAUGAAGAUGGCUUCCUUUACAUGGUCUAUGCCUCCCAGGAGACAUUUGGCUGCUAAGUUCUCCACUGGCCUCGUGUGAUGGUGAAAGCCGAAAGAAGCCAGGAGAAAGAAAGCAGGUUCCAGCUAACCGUAGCCCUGUGAUCUCUCUGUUUCUCUCUCUGUAAGACGUAGCUUUCUCCUGCCAUCACCAAGUUAACACCACGUUCUGUGUCUCAUUAUGACACAAGUGUGCAUAAGACAGCACUACUGUACCUACUAGUUUGACCGUUUAACCUUUUUCUCAACUUGAUUCUCUUAUUCCAAUUAGUAAAAGAUAGACUGUGUGUGUGUGUUUAAGUGAGGAACUGGCCCUGUUUGUUCUUCAUUUGAUUUUAUGUUCUUUGAAUUUUUGUUGCUUUUAUUAGGGCCAGUGUGUAAAAUAAUGAGUAACAUGUCAUUGUAAGUAGGUGAGUGUCUGUUAUAUUCAUUUUGUUCAAAAAAAAAAAAAAAAAAAAAUUAGUCUGUAGUUUUCCAGUAAUUUAGGUGCUCCAUUUAUUUGCUUGCUUGUAGUGAUCAGCGAAUCAGUGCUGGUGUGAAAUUUUAAGAUGUUUCCUCGAAAGCAAAAACAAAUUCUUAAUAAACUCUUAACAAAUGUAUUAUUUUAUAAGUACAGCCUCCAAACCUGCAGGCCUCCAAACCUACAGAAUUAAAAUCUGAAAUGAGAAACUACAUUACUGGGGAACUUGUAAUAGUGGUUCUCUUAUACACAGCCCUCAUGUUCCCUUCCCUUUUAGUCCUUCAGAAAAUUACUGACCUUCUGUUCAAUUCAGAAUUAAAGUCAGUAUUGGAGAAUUGAGCUUGAAAAGAGAAAACAGGAAGCAGGAAGUUGAGCUGUCUAAUGCUGCUUAUGGUCUUCUAUAAGCUAAAUAUUGGUUGGAGUACAGUUUAGUCCUUAUUGUCCCUAGGUUUAAAAGGUGGAGUGUGAAUUUGGAGUGUAUAUGAAGCUGCAGUCUGUACUGUAAGCCUGUGGACCUGAGGGGAAAAAAAAUACGACAAAACCGAUCCCCAGUGACCUUUAUUCUGCCCUGCUGUAGUCUGUAAUAGCUCCUGUUUACUAGAUUAAGUAUAAAUAAUAUGCUUCUUUUGCACAAAGAAAUAGCCAAGAGGAUAAACUUCAUUUUUAAGCAAUUUUAACACACAGUUGUUUUAUGUAACUUGUUUCGUUCCUUUAUAUCACUAUGCGAUGUAUUUGCCUUCUGUUCCAACUUCAAUGAAGGGUUUAUGAUGCACUACAUAGAUUGCAUGUUUUUCUCAACCUUUUUAUAUAUUGAUUUAUGCUAUUAGAUUGAAUUAUUUCUUUAUUUAAAGUAGGAAAAGGUCUUUUUAGAUGUUUUCAAACCAAAAGAAUGAAAUUAAUCUGUAUCUAUGUUUGAAACACAAGUGUAUAUAAACUAUCAUAUGAUUAGC